AUGCUGGGACGGAUGCCCUCGUCGGAUGCGAUUCGCAUCAUUGACAGUACGAGAAACGAACCUAGUGCAGAAAAGAUUCUCGCCUUGAUUAGAGACGGCUUAGCGCGCCAGAACAAACAGCGUACGCCGGUGCCGCCGGGCUGCUCCAACCCGACGACCCCGGGAGUCCAAGAUGAGCAUCAUGGCCGCCCAGAGGCAUUGGAGACACGCCACUCUGUCGCAACUACUACACAUAGUUCAACCUCUGACCCCCCUCUUCCAUCUCCCCGCACAGCUCAUCAACCUCCUGGAGGCACUCUACUUUCACCAAACUUGCACGUGUCGUCGUCUUCUUCGUCACCUCCUCCUCCUCCUCCCAACCAACUCGAAUCAUCAUCCUCGACAUGGUCCUGCGUAACCGACAAUGUCGUCCUCACCCAUCACCUGCUCGCCCUCUACUUUUGCUGGGAGUACCCCAGCUUCGCGCCCCUCAGCAAAGAACACUUUCUCCACGACUUUAGCCACCGCCGCCACCGCUACUGCUCGCCCAUGCUCGUCAACGCCCUGCUCGCCCUCGGCUGCCACCUCUCGGAGCGUCCCAACCUGCACGGCGACGCCUUCUUUGCCGAGUCGCAGCGCCUCUUUCUUGCGUCUGCGCCGCCGGGCCGCGGCCACCAGUUCCUGCCCACCAUUCAGGCGCUCGUCAUCAUGUCGAUACGGGAAGCCCGCUGCGGUCGGGCCGUGCAGAGCCAGCACUACGCAAAGCUGGCCAUCAGGCUGGCCAUUGAGAUGGGUUUGCAUAUCGUGGCGGUGGAGAGGGAUGAUGAAGAGCGUGUCGUACUUUUGAAGACGUUUUGGGGAGCAUUUACCCUCCAUCAGACGUGGUCCCUAAUGACUGGUACUGUACCACAGUGUACAAGGCAUAUAAAGCUGCCUCCCAAGCCAGCAAAUAAUACCGACGUCGAAACACCGCCCUGGAUACCGUAUGUAGAUGGCAAUGCGCAUCUGCUACCCUUUAUUCAGCUAUCAAAUGUUCGAUCCAUAUACCGAUGCUUUGGCGAUCUUAGCGAACUUGUCCACCAGUCUCUAUAUCUUCUUUUUUGCCCCGAAGAAACCUUGACGGCUACGACGCUGCUACAAAACUAUCACCAAUACCUGGAUUGGUACGAUCAGCUACCAGAGGCUUUGCGGCUAGGCUAUAACUCGACGCCUGCGGUCCUAUUUACACAUCUUUACUAUCACUUUGCCAUCCUCUUGCUCUUUCGUCGCUUCAUCAAAAUACGCGUCAUCGGAUCUGAAACACUGCCCUGGCAGGUUUGCUCACAGUCUGCCGAUGCAAUCCAAAACCUCGUCAUGUCCUACUCAAAACUCUAUACCCUUCGAAGAACCGCCUCCUUUCUGCCGUACAUCAUGUUCACCGCAACUACCACACUCAUUGCCAUCGCCGCGGCACGCCUUCACGUUGACCUGGGCGAAAGUGUUCUUGACGCGCCAGCCAUCGCCGACUGUCGAGCGCGCGAAGCACUCAGACAAAAUAUUGAAAGCUUCAUCGAGAUUGCGCCACAUCAUCCUUUUGCCAGCCAGGCUCUGUUCUAUCUGCAGCGCCUGGCGGAUGGGUGGGGAUUAGAUGUAGAUGGCGGCAUGCCACCGGUGUAUGGCUAUAGCGAUCCAGAACAACAGGGCGACAGUAGCUCAUUCCGUUUCUCGCCGCCAAGGGAGGCGGAAAACAUCACUCACAAGUGGCAUGAAAACGCAGACUCGGUCGAGGAUCAUGGUGCUAAAGGGGCACAAAGCAACAUGGAGGCUUCGAUAUCCCAUCUAUUCUGGCUGCAGGAGCAGCAUCUGCCACUCGAUGUGGGGGCAUUAGAGCAAGCAGGGUUUAAACCACUCUAG